GAUGCUGCGGCACCUGACGCGCAAGCUGCGGGCCAGCGGGCCGGUCACGGUGGCCGAGUACAUGCGGGAGGCGCUCACCAACCCCGGGCAGGGUUACUACACGCGGCGCGGCGGCGUCGGCGAGAGCGGGGACUUCAUCACCUCGCCCGAAAUAAGCCAGGUGUUCGGAGAGUGUGAAAACUCUCCUCAAAAAUUAUCUCCAGAGUUUGAUCUGGCUCACUCCGGUGUGAUCUGGUUUCACUCUGGUCUCAUUUCCAGAAGUGAAGAUUGGCUAAAUCCUGUUCUCAGUGAUGCUUUGCUAAUAGGAGUGUGGUACAUCAGUGAAUGGAUGGCCAUGGGCAAACCGAGCGCCCUGCAGCUGGUGGAGCUGGGCCCAGGGCGGGGCACCCUCACCGAGGACAUACUGCGGGUCUUCAAGCAGCUCUCCUCUGUCCUUAGUAAAUGUGAUGUCUCAGUUCACCUGGUAGAAGUGAGCCCUAAACUCAGUGAGAUCCAAGCAGUGCUGCUGACAGGAGGGAAGGUGCAGCCAAGCCCAGAGGAUGAGUCUGCUUACAUGAAAGGCAUUAGCAAGACUGGAAUUCCCAUUUUUUGGUACAGAGACAUUCAAGAUGUGCCACCAGGUUACAGCUUUUAUCUAGCACAUGAGUUCUUUGAUGCCCUGCCAAUACACAAGUUUCAGCGCACGGAGAAGGGCUGGCGUGAGGUGUUGGUUGAUAUUGACCCACAAGUUCCUGACCAGCUGCGGUUUGUCCUGUCACCAUCCAGGACCCCUGCAACACAAAACUUCAUUCAGCCAGAAGAAACAAGAGACCACGUGGAAGUGUGUCCUGAGGCUGGUGUCAUUGUGCAGAGGCUGGCCUCUCGGAUAGAGAAGGAUGGUGGGGCCGCUCUGGUCGCAGAUUAUGGCCACGAUGGAACCAAAACUGACACGUUCCGGGGUUUCCGGAAUCACCAACUUCACGAUGUGCUGAGUGCUCCAGGUACAGCAGACCUGACAGCAGAUGUUGAUUUCAGCUACCUUCGAAAGAUGGCCCAGGGAAAAACAGCUACGUUAGGCCCUAUAAAACAGAGGGAGUUUUUAAAGAACAUGGGCAUUGACCUCCGACUGCAGGUGCUCUUGCAGAAUUCAGGUGACACAGCAACUCGUGAGCAGUUACUUCACAGCUAUGACAUGCUGAUGAAUCCCGAGAAGAUGGGGGACUGUUUUAAUUUCUUUGCCCUGCUGCCUCACCACAGACUUGUACAUCCUGACAAGAAAGAUAAGCCAGAAUCAAAGUCUCCCCUACCACCUGUUGCUGGAUUUAAUGAACUGUUACUAAAGUAAUUUCAAAUACUAUCACAAAAAGCAUGAUGGCUGUUUCAGAAUAAGCGUGGUGCAGCCCACCAAACCUCUGGACUGACCUACUCAAAGCAGUACGAGUGGAAAUAAAAGACUGCACACAGAAACAAGAACACAGAGAAUGAACAGUGGUUUGGGGGUCUUAUGAAAGAACAGAGUGAAGUGUUUGCUAGUAGAAUCAAAAUUUGUCAGUAACAAAGAUGCACUAAGGAUACUCUAAAUGUAUUCAAGCUUUGGUACUUGAAUAAAAUCAAGAUGCCUUGA